AUGCCUCUCCCCGCGGCGCUGCUGCUGCCGGCGCUGCUCCUGGGGCUGCUGUGGCCAGGGGCGGUGCGGGCCCGGUCGCCCCCGGGUCGCCUCCCCGCCGGGCCCCGCCAGCGCCGCUGGGACGCGGCUCUUUUCGCCCGCUCCGUCGCUCGCCUCCCGGCCGAGCGCCGCGAUGCCGCCCGCGACGGCGACUACCUCCUGGGCAUCAAACGCCUCCGCCGCCUCUACUGCAACGUGGGCAUCGGCUUCCACAUCCAGGUCCUCCCCGACGGCCGGAUCGAUGGGAUUCACAGCGAGAAUCGAUAUAGUCUGCUGGAAAUUUCUCCCGUGGAAAGAGGAGUGGUGAGCAUAUUUGGUGUUAGGAGCGGACUCUUCGUGGCCAUGAAUAGCAAAGGCAAACUCUAUGGAUCUACCCAUUUCAAUGACGAGUGCAAAUUCAAAGAGAUUCUCCUGCCAAACAACUACAAUGCCUACGAAUCCAGGAUUUAUCCCGGGAUGUACAUAGCCCUGAGCAAAAAUGGAAGAACAAAGAAAGGCAAUAAAGUAUCUCCCACAAUGACAGUGACACAUUUUCUUCCUAGAAUCUGAGACAUCUCCCUUCAGACCUACCUCAGCACAGGGGAAGACGCGGAACACGUUUGGGGAAAAGAAACAUGGUGCACUUUUACUGGAGAGUUUUAUGCAAGAGUAGGUGUAAGAUAUUUAAGUUAAUUAUUUAAAUCUGUAUAUAUUGUCACAAAAUUUAUUUAUAGCUCCGAUUUUUCUUUUUUUUUUUUUUUUUUUUUAAAUUUCUGAAAGCAAAACAAACCUCCAACCCAAGGUCUUUUUCAUUUCACGGUGCAACUAGUAGAAGACUUCCGCUCUGUGGUUUAUUUAAUUCGUUUCUAAGUUAUCACAGGUGUGCUGCUACUCCGUGUCCUAAGCCAGGUGACAUCCAAUUCCUCUCUCUUCCAACGUUUUGCACUGUUUGUGUGUUGUAGGGUGCCUGCUGUCGUACAUGUGUUUGUAUGUUUGUUUGUUUGUUACGGUGGCUUUGUUCUCCUCUGCGUGCCUUCCAAACCUCCCCCGUGACUCCCAGAGAAGCUCUUGGCCUCCAAGAAGGAGUGGGAUGCCAGUGUGGAGCCACACACAAUGCCUGAGCUCCUUUGUGCCGCGUUGCUAUUUAAUUGGAGCGGGAUCGGUUUACCCCGGUGCGGAGAGCGUGGGGCUGGAGAGCCGCCCCACGAAUCUGUUUUUAGAUCUGCCAGCGCUGAACUUUGAACUUUCCUGCAGUCCCUCUUCUCAGUGGAGAGGCUCAAGCACCUCUGGCAGCUCGGCAGGAUUGGGGCUGGGUUUGUCUAUUUAGACAAACCACCUUUUUUGGCCCUUAGUGAUACAAUUGCUUGGCGUAAGGCUAAAAAAUAACGUGUCUGUCCCUCUCCCCAAAAAUGCACUGUGGAACUACAGUGAACCAGUUUAACUUCAUUCAAAUCGAAUUCAGAGACUACCUUCAUUUUUCAAAGUUUGGGGAACUCUGUAAUGCUUGUAAGUUUUUAGAAGGCAAAAGCAUUUGCUGGUUUCUAGUGAGCACGAGCUCCACAGAGAGAAUUUAGAUUGAUUACAAGGAAUUGAGGUUGGUUUGUACUAUUUAUUAUUUUUGCUGCAGUAUUUGGAAGGAGAAGUAUGCUGCUUUUUUUUUUUUUUUUUGCUGUCUCAUUCCCUGAUGAAGUUGAUUAAUUUCUACCUCACUAACUCCCAAAGCCAGUCUCCUAACAAAUUCUGCACAGAAGGAAGGUUCCCACUUUCCUGCUUGGGCUCACAGUUCUGGAGGAGGGCCCGGGGGAACAAUCGUAAUCCCAAAUCUCUCUUUUUUUCCAUAUGUAGCCAAAAGUAUUCAGGAUAGAGUUGGUUGCAUCCUAUUUGAGCCUUGUCACGUUUGAGCUAUCUUUACCCAGUGGUUUACUUUUAGUAAGGAUAAUCAUGGUGAAAAUAUUUGCAGACAGCUGUCAGGCUGCAGUACUGUAUCGUCAUCAAGUAACCCUAUAUUUCUCUUUAUAUAUUUUUCAAGUGUAACUCGUGUCUCUAACGUGAUGAAGGAAAAGACAGGUUUCAUUACGGGGGAAUCACUAAAAGGAUUCAUUUGUCUUUUUUGUUCUUUUUUUAUUUUUUUUUUUCUGCUUUAUAAGAUACUUCAUCUUUGGGGCAUCACAAAGUUAAGCGGGAACCAGGACUAACCACAAUGUUUGGUGACUUAGAGGAUGUUUACAGAUCAUCUUCCCAUCUAAACUAAUUAUUUCUGACUACACACAAAUUUGAGUUCAGCUUUUUUUUUUUCUUUUUCCUCUUUACAUUCCUACACAAAAGCCUUUGUUCCUUUGUAAUGGUAUAGACCUGCCUGUAUCCUCUGCUUACACAUGACCUUGAAGACAAACUCUACUCACCAAAGUUCAGUAAGAUCAGAGCAGACCAGGACCAGACCUUAAGGCAGAUGCUGUCCAAGCAAAAGUAAUUAAGAAAAAAGGAAGCCAAAUCAAGACAGAGGAAAUGUCAUGCCUAAGGAUUUAUUUUUACCUGUAAAUUGGAGGAUUUCUGUACUUUCUGUGUUUUCUAUAUGUGAGCAAUCAUUGUGUAAUUAUCACCACUACCUCUGACAACUGAUGAUUUUGUUCCAGCUUUCAGAUAGCAAAAUCAGACCCCAAAGAUUCUCUCUGGGAAAUGGUUCUUCUUUGUCACUUUCCACUUUUGUCACUUCAUUAAAUCCACAACCAACGGCCUCACACAAGAUAUGCUCAGAGGUAGUUGUUGUAACUUUUAAAUAUUGUGAUAAAACCUCGAUGACGAUGUUUCAUGGUAUGAGCUUUUCACCAUUUACCAGAAUCUGUCUGUAGUUUUAUACAGGUGCUGUUCAAGACUGUGGUGUAUGUGCUGUGCACACUUAA